AUGCAAACAGAGUUAUAUCUUGAUAUUCAAUUUUGCUAUUAUCGAAAGAAUGAUAUAAGUAGUUUUAAACAAUGGGGUUAAGCUUUUGACAAUUAUAUUAUCAGAUUAGAAGAGCCUAAAUCAUAUGAAUUUGUAAAAAUUCUGGGUCAAGGAGGUAAUGCAGUGGUCAAAUUAGCUCAAAAAUAUAAAACAAUAAAUGAAAGUAGUCGUCGCCAACUUAAAUAAACUGCUAUUAAAUAAAUAAAAAAGUCAACCUUACUAAAUAAUAAAGUGGCAAUCAAUCAGUUAAGAAGAGAAAUUGAGGCCCAUAGAAAAUUAUAAGACUGUGGAAAUAUCCUGACUCUCUUUAAAGUUUACGAAUCCAAUCAUAAUAUAUAUCUAUUUGUUGAUUAUCAAAAAGGAGGGAAUUUAAUGGAUAUUCUGAUUGAAUAAAAGAAAAUAAUAGAAAAAGAUUUGCAAAUUAUCAUGGGAUAGCUUUUACUUGCAGUUGACUAUAUGCAUUAAAUAGAUGUUAUACAUAGAGACCUCAAACCAAGUAAUAUACUGCUGCAUUCAAAAUAAAAAAAUAACUAUGAUUUAAGAAUCGCUGAUUUUGGUCUUGCCUAUAUGUAUACUCAUGAUGAAAAACUAUAGGAUAAGUGUGGUACUCCAACUUACAUUGCCCCAGAAAUUUUAGAUGGAUUUAAAUAUGAUCAUAAAGUAGACAUAUUUAGUUUGGGCUCAAUAAUGAUAUGCAGUCUUGAUCACAUUUUCAAGUAUAUUACUUCACUUAGUAAUGACGGAAGAGAUUUGCUUCUAAAAUUGUUGUAAAAAAAUCCUUUGCAUCGUCCUACAGCUAAGGAAGCACUCCAGCAUCCAUGGUUUUAAGGAGAUAGAGAAGCAUUAGAUGCUGCUUUGAUAAUUAAUGAGUAAAUCUAGACAUAAACUUAUCAAAGAAAGUAUGAUAUCUAAGCCAGCUAAUUAAAUCAGUAAUGUGAUGAUCCUGGGUCUCAAAUGAAUGCAAGAAUAAGUUUCUAGCAAAGAUUAUCUGGAAUAAGUCCAUAUUAAUCAAGGUUCUCAAGUAACUAAAGAAUAAAAUCAAGAAAUGAAAGUUAUAACUUUAGCUAUUAUGAUAUAAUUACAUAAAAAAGAAAUGCUGUAUCCAAGUCGCCUCAUUAUUUCGGCUAGUUAGCAGGAUCAUUGAGCUAGAAUGGUGUUUUUACUCAGGUUAUUAAUAGCAGAGCUGAAAAUUAUGGUUUUGAAAAUUAUGCCUUAGAAAAAAUACAAUCUAACCCUAAAAAGCUCUCAAAAUUGUUAUCAGAAUUAGCUUUAAAAGAAGAAGUAAAAGUACAACCUCUGCUUUUAAAAGUAUCUUAAGAUGAUCAGAUUGAUAACUUAAAAGACAACUAAGUUUAAUCAUGUGAAUAUAAAUAAAUUCCUUCUUCUGCCCAGCAAAAUUCAAGAUAAUAAAGCAGAGUUAAAAAAUUGUCGUAAUUUCAUAACUUAGCAAAGAAAUUAAAAAAUCAUAUUGAGGUAUCAGCUUUAAAUGACUAAAUUUAUGAAGAACAUGUUGAUGAGCAAUAUAUUAACUAAUCAGGAAAAUUUCGAUUUUUAAGUGGAAUUAAUCAUGUGCAAAAAUAGAGAAUUUUUAUAGAAAUAGAAAAAACUUAAAAGCUUUUGGAAAGUACCUGA